UAUUAUAGAGUACAUGAUUGACAGACAAGAACCUGAAUUCCGGGAGCUAAAUGAUAAAGCACGAGCACUGAAGCACAUUCUCAGUAAAAUUCCUGAUGAGAUCAAUGAUAGGGUUAGAUUCCUUCAGACAAUCAAGGAUAUUGCCAGUGCAAUAAAGGAGCUUCUUGACACUGUGAACAAUGUUUUCAAAAAAUACCAGUACCAGAACCGUAGAGCGCUUGAUCACCAAAAGAAAGAAUUUGUCAAAUACUCCAAAAGCUUCAGUGAUACUUUAAAAACCUACUUUAAAGAUGGAAAGGCAAUUAAUGUGUUCAUCAGCGCCAAUCGAUUAAUCCACCAAACCAACUUGAUACUGCAGACCUUCAAAACUGUUGCUUAGAACCUCCAUUUGUGAAGCUUUUUAAUUUUCAAUCUUAAAAAGUUUACCUUUAUAUGUAAAUUUAAAUAGUUACAACUGUAUAAAUUAACACAUCCAUUUCAGAACUUGAAAAUGUUGAAUAAAAUAAUUGUCAACUUGCACCAUAUUUUUGUAAAACAUUGUAGCUAAUCAUGAUUUCUCGUUUAAAAAAUUGCAUAACUUUUGCUAUUACUAUUGUAUCCAAAACAAAGCCAAAAGAAUUUGCGCCUUAACAUAUCUUAAUGUAACAUUCCUUUGUGUAAAUAUUGGUGUUAUGUUUCUGAAGUUAACUUGCUGGCAAAAAAAUAAAAGUUAUGUAUUUAACAUGAUUAGUGGCAAAUAAAUAGUUCACAAUUUAA